AGGGGCCGGGCCGGGGGGCGGAGCAUUUUGGGAAACGGUGAGCUUGAAACCGGAAGGGGCGCCUUAAAGGGGAGGUAGCUGUUUCUCCGAUUUCUGCACGCCGCCCCGGCUCCGCCCUCUUAAAGGGCAAGGGCCUGCGUUUAGAGGGCGUGGCAGGGUGCACAUUUUACAAAGCUUCCCUCUUUUCCUCCUCCUCCGGGGUUAUUUCCUUGGAAGCCAGUGACAGUUUCCCAGACAUCCAAGGGGAAACUUCAGACUCUUAGCGGCUGCGAUGCGACCCCUGGUUUGUCUGAACAAAGGUGGAGAUGGGUGUGCGGCCGGCGCAUCCUUUUAAACAGAGUGCGGUCUGCUCCUAGGCCUGGGAUGGGCCCUUGCCACGCAGGAGCGCGUACAUCUCGUGCAAAGGCGAUGACCGCUUCUUAGAGGCAGUGCAGAUCCAUUACGAGGAGCUGCUCACACUUGCGAGGAAAGCACAUCUUUGAAAGGAAAAAUCCUUAGGGCCGGCUGUGUCAACAGCGCCCUAGGCUAUGUAGGGGCCAACAUAACACAGUGGACAGACCGGAAGCCCGUUGCGUGGCGCUGACUACCCUGCCUGGGGAGGCAGCGUCAAACAGAGUAGGAGUGUUGGAUGGUAGCCUUGUCCCUGGGGGCGAUGAUGUUCCCCAAGGGCAACAGUGCUGGAGUGAACACAGGGAUUCCUAGCCAGGGCUCAGUCUGCUGCUGCCACGCUUCAGGGGUGUGGGUGGAGUUGAGGGCCACUGCUCAACGUGGGAAGAGGGGGGAACCCCUCUGACAAGGAAGGGUUGGCUCCUCGCUGUAUGGUGCUUAGGCAGUGAUGAGCACUUUGCAGAAUGGAGUCGGGGAGAGGAUGGAGAGCUGGAAGGCCUGCAGAGUCAGGUGGCGCGCAGGAGGAGGAGGGCUCGCUGAAUAGUUCGCAGGGAAGAUUGGGGAGCUGAGGAUGUGGAGAGAGGGACACAGUCUGUCCUGCUGGGCUUGGAGGCAGUUGGCCAGGAUGGGAAGGGAUGAGCUGUAGGCCUCAGGAAACCACAGGCUCUGCCCAGAACCGGAUCUGCGGGAUGCUUUGCAGCCGAAGAAUGACAUGGCUUCUGGUCUUUCCUGACGGCCCCCUUGUCCAUCCUGAGAACAGACACAGUGGACACAUGGCGAUCUGCUGGGGAGACACUGCAGCUGCCCAGGGCAGAGGUAGCAGGGCCUUCAGCCUUAGGAGAAAUGCCCGGCUUGUGACUGCAGUCUGAGCAAAACUGGGGCUGUCCUGGCACGCCUGAUUUUAUAUAUAUAUAUAGUUUUGUUUUUGUUCCUUUUUUUUGUACCGGAGAUUGAACUUGCAACCUUGGGCUUGUGGGACAGGCCCAACAGGCCCUUACGCGGCUGAGCUAAACACCUGCCUCACCCCCACCCCCCCUUUGGCGUUUGAUCAUACAGAGUGAAGAGGUAGCGAAGUGGGCAGGGCCUUUGGGAAGGAGGCAGGCAGACAUGGUGCCUGAGGGAAGAAUCCUACUUCCUGUUUUCAAAGAAGACCAGUUGAGUAGAGUUACAAUUUUGUCUUUUUGAGACAGGGCCUCACUAUGCAGUUCAGGCUGGACUUAGACUUGCAGAGGAUUCCCCUGCCUCAGCCUUUGGGUUUUAAAUUUUUGAUAGGGAGACAGAAUCAGAAAACUGCACCUAGCUUUUGGCCACAUUACUGUUGGAGUGGGUGCCAUUGUGGAUGCUGGGCUGUGGCAGCAGGGAGCCACUUUGUCCCAAAGGGAUAGAGAGCAGGAAAAUCCUGGCCGCAUGGGGACACAGAGUAUAGUUGUUUUGAUUGCUGGGGGCUGAAUUCAGGGACAGGUGCACUGUGGGAAGCUCUGUGCUGCUGAGCUACAUCCUCAGACCUUUUUAUUUUCAGAUGAGGUCUUACUGAAUUGCCCAGGCUAGGCAUACAUUCUCUCCUCCUCCCUCAGCCUCGGAGUAACUAGGAUCACAGGCGGGGGUCACUCCCAGCAGUUCCUCUGAGAAGAUGUGGGUGUGCUAGGGGACCCCAGGGAGAUCCUGGGAAGCUCGAAGUCCUGGAGGGGGUCCAGAGGCACGGGGCAGGCCCCUGGGAAGGGGGUGCAGCUUUCCAUCCACUUCGGACUGGGUUCUCCUGUGGAGGACUGUGCUGGGCACUGCCCAACGUGGAGACACUCACCAGGGUCUCACUGUGUAGUCCAGGGUGGCCUUGAACUCCCUAAUAGCCCAGGCUGGCCUUGAACUCAAGAUCCUCCUGCUUCAGCCUCCCGAGUGCAGAAUUACAGAUGUGCCAUGCCAUGCCUGCCACGAUGGGGGAUGAGGAAGAAAGUCAGGAGCUUUAAGAGAGCUCAGUCCUCUUAGAGGUCACCCUGGCCUUCUCAUGGGGUCUGGGGGCAUGGAACAGCCUGGGUGCCCAGGGACUGAGCAGCAGGUCCUUUUUGCUGGGCAGUUUCUGUGAAAGCCCUGAAGGUCUCCUCUGGGCCACUCUCCUCCUCCCCGACCUCAAAGGCAGGUACCCUGCGGUCAAAGUGUCCCUCCAGCCCAGCUGCCCACCCUGACCCAAGGUCCUGCCCCCAGGUGUGAUGGUUGGCUCGCAGGCAGACAUGGCGCCCGCCUCUACCGCCGAGGGGCCCGGGGAGAAGCUGGCCCCGGCAGCUCCCACGCCAGCUGCCCAGUACGAGUGUGGGGAAUGUGGGAAGUCCUUCAGGUGGUCAUCCAGGCUCCUGCAUCACCAGCGCACACACACCGGAGAGCGGCCCUACAAGUGCCCAGACUGCCCGAAGGCCUUUAAGGGCUCCUCAGCACUGCUCUACCACCAGCGCGGCCACACGGGCGAGCGGCCCUACCAGUGCCCAGACUGUCCCAAGGCCUUCAAGCGCUCGUCACUGCUGCAGAUCCACCGCAGCGUGCACACAGGCCUGCGCGCCUUCACCUGCGGCCAGUGUGGCCUGGCCUUCAAGUGGUCCUCGCACUACCAGUACCACCUUCGGCAGCACACAGGCGAGCGGCCUUACCCGUGCCCAGACUGCCCCAAGGCCUUCAAGAACUCCUCCAGCCUGCGGCGCCACCGCCAUGUGCACACGGGUGAGCGGCCCUAUGCAUGUGGCGUGUGUGGCAAGAGCUUCACACAGAGCACCAACCUGCGGCAGCACCAGCGCGUGCACACGGGCGAGCGCCCCUUCCGCUGCCCGCUCUGCCCCAAGACCUUCACGCACUCGUCCAACCUCCUGCUGCACCAGCGCACACAUGGCCCCGCAGUGCCUGGCUGCGCCACGGCCCCGCCUGUGCCCCAAGAGUCCUUCGGAGUGGGCCCAGGUCUCGAGACUGACAGCUAUCUGCAGCGGCCCCUGCCGCCCCGCAGCCCACCGGCGCCCCCUGUCCCUCCUCCCCCACUGCCCCCUGUGGUGCCUGAGCUCUUUCUGGCUGCAGCAGAGACAACUGUGGAGCUGGUGCUGCGCUGCGAAGGCUGCGAGCAGGGUUUCGGCAGCGAGGAGCUGCUCCUGGAGCAUCAGCCAUGCCCCGGGCCUGCUGCCCCGCCCCUGGCCGCCCCAGCUGCGGAGCCCGCCCCACCUGAGCCGCCAGCAUCGCUGUCCCCACUGCCUUUGCCCCUGCCUCAGCCCCCUCCCGCCGUUGCGGCUUCAGGCCCAGUCUUCAGCUGCCUUCCGUGCGGGAAGACCUUCCGCACUUUGACCGGCCUCUCCCGCCACCAGCACAGCCACAGGGUGGCCGGGGGCCAGGCCUUCCGCUGUGGCAGCUGCGACGGCGCCUUCCCGCAGCUGGCCAGCCUCCUGGCGCACCAGCAGAGCCACGUGGAGGAGGCAGCGGCCGGGCGCCCGCCCCCGCAGGCCGAGGCGGCUGAGGUCACCUGUCCUCAGGAGCCCCUGGCACCGGCUGCACCUGCCCCGCUGCUGCCUGCCCCGGCCUCGGCAGAGCGGCCCUACAAGUGCGCCGAGUGUGGCAAGGCCUUCAAGGGAUCAUCGGGGCUUCGCUACCACCUGCGGGACCACACGGGCGAGCGGCCCUACCAGUGUGGUGAGUGUGGCAAGGCCUUCAAGCGCUCCUCGCUCCUGGCCAUCCAUCAGCGUGUGCACACAGGCCUGCGCGCCUUCACCUGCGGCCAGUGCGGUCUCACUUUCAAGUGGUCGUCGCACUACCAGUACCACCUGCGGUUGCACUCGGGCGAGCGGCCCUACCAGUGUGGCGAGUGUGGCAAGGCCUUCCGCAACACCUCGUGCCUACGGCGCCACCGCCACGUGCACACGGGCGAGCGGCCUCACGCGUGUAGCGUGUGUGGCAAGAGCUUUGCACAGACCUCUAACCUGCGGCAGCACCAGCGCGUGCACACGGGUGAGCGCCCCUUUCGCUGCCCGCUCUGCCCCAAGACCUUCACGCACUCAUCCAACCUGCUGCUGCACCAGCGCACGCACUCCGCCGAGCGCCCCUUCGCCUGCCCCAUGUGCGGCCGUGGCUUCGUCAUGGCUGCCUACUUGCAGCGGCACAUGAGGACGCAUGCUCCUUCCCAGGCUGCCGCUGUGGUCCCCGCCACCAGCGCCCAUACCCCAGCCUUACUGGCUGCUGCUCCUGCUCCGCUGGCCACCCAGGAUGUCCACGUGCUGCCCCACCUCCAGGCCACACUUUCCCUGGAGGUGGCAGGCGGCACAGCUCAGGCCCAGCCACCAGGCCCAGCGGCACCCAACUCCCAGACCUUUCUCUUGGUGCAGACAGCCCAGGGCCUUCAGCUGAUCCCCAGCAGUGUCCAACCACCGCCCCCUCCACCACCACCUGUACCCCCUAAGCUCAUCCUGCUGCCCUCCCCGGGUGCAGGGGCUGGCCAAACCCAGCAGAGCUCUCGGGUUGUAGGAAAAGCUGGUCAGGGCACUGGAGUAGUUUGGCUGCCAGGACCUGGGGGCCUAGGGGUGCAGGGAGGGGGUGGUGUGGGGGCCAGUGGGGUAGGGCAGAGCCUCAUUGUCCUGCAGAAUGUAGGGAGUGGAGAUAUAGGGACUCAGGAAGUUAGUGGAGUCCAGCUCCAGCCGGCCCAGGAAAUGACCACAGUCCAGCUUCAGCCUGCACAGGAAGUGACCACAGUCCAGCUCCAGCCAGCCCAGGAAGUGACCACAGUCCAGCUCCAGUCCUUGGCAGGCCAGCUGCCCAACUCCAGUGGAGGAGCAGUAACCACUGAGGCCUCCAACCUGUUGGUAGUACAGAGUGAGGCAGCAGAGGAGCUGCUUGCAGCCCCAGGGGCUGUAGAGCCUGGGGAUGUCGAGGCCAGUGCGGGCAUGGUGCAGGAUGUGGUCUUUGAGACGCUGCAGACAGAGGAGGGGUUGCAGAGUGUGCUGGUGCUGAGCGGGGCUGAUGGGGAGCAGACUCGGCUGUGUGUGCAGGAGGUAGAAACUCUUGCCUCAGGGCUGACGGAGCCACCUGCCUCGGCUCCCCCUGGACAGAAGCUGCUCAUCAUCCGAAGUGCCCCUGCUGCCGAGCUGCUAGACAGCAGUGGUGUGGGGGGAGGCACCGCCACACUUCAGCUCCUGGCCCCCGCAGUUCCUUGUCCAGUCUCCGUCCCGGCAGCGGUUCCCACAGCCCCUGCCUCACAGGUGGUACAAGUGCUUCCCGCAGGGGCCGGGCCGGGGGUCAUGGGUCCGCAGGCCCUGCCUUCCAUCCAGAUCGUGCAGACGCUGCCUGCUGUCCAGCUGGUGCACACGUUUUGAGGAGAGCCGCCCAACCCCAAGGCUCCAACUCACUGCUUUGGUCGGGCUGGGGUCUGCCCAGCAGAAAGGAAACUGCUAAUAAAGACUCGGACGCCUC